AGCAGCUGCAGCAUUGAGUAGAUUGAUUUUCAGCGGCACCAGCGAAAAAUCCUUGCUUAUUCUUGUCCCAGCAGCAGGGUUUUCAGCGGUUGUGCCAAUUGAUGCCCUUCCUUCUAUGCUGCUUAGAACUCGUCCUUGUCCACCCCUUGCUGGUAGGCAUAGUACAAGUGAUAUUUCUAGUUGGGACAGCAACCUGUUGACGAUAUGAUUCUUCUCGUAUGAGUAACGAUUUUUGAAAAAGAUGCAACGACCACCACGAGGGAUAAACUAAGUUUUUUUGAAUCAUUACAUCUCGAGUAUGCUUGUUUGCGCAUGUUGCGGUCCACUGCUAAGCCCUGAAUCAUGGGGGGGGGCUCGAUGUGCAGGGUCCCCAACGAGUGUGCAUGAUGCGCUCCACUAUGCAUCUAACGCUAGUUCUCUCGACAACAAAUUUUGGUUUUCUUCGACUGCGCCAGCUCUCAAUGGAUACGAGGAUAUUUUAUCACCGCCAUUGUUGAUGAAGCAGGACUUUUCAUAUUGGGUAAAUUACUUUUUGAGGGAACACCACCUGGAAAAGCUAGAGGACCAGGCUGCCAAAACGACGGUACAGCAAGAACUAGAGGUCGUGGAUGUAAACCAGGCUGCUAAGACGACGCUACAAGGAGGGUCCGAAGAGCAGCUGCAGAUGGAUGCUAAUCAAGAGCGAGAUAUUAAUACACUACAGAUGAAUGCUCAAGAUCACAGACAAAUCGUGGAUGACACUCAGUCUCAACAGCCUCCAAUCGUAUGCGUCAACACGGCAGAGGAAGCAAGCUCUUUGAACUCCAGAGCCUGUUGGUGUACUGGGAAUUUGGGUGUUGCGGUAAUGGGCGAUUGCCUGACGAAAAACGACAUACUAUGCGUAUCCGUGGGUGGGAACGACAUUGCACUAGCGCCUUUUCUGCUCACAGCGGUGAAUCUAUUACUGUUAAGGCUUGAUUCAUCGGGAAUCCAUCAUCUUUGGAACCCUUUAGAAGCAUCUUCUUGGUGCACCCCUCUAUGAGAAAAACACAAACAGACUCAAGAUGAUGUUGAUGUUGAUGAUUUUCAAGAUGGAUUUUGGGAAGAUCCUAAUACUGAAAUUGCCAGAUGUACGCCUAAGAAAUGUUUGACCGAUUGCGCUUGUGUGCACAUUCUAUCCGGCAAGUUUUUUAUUAGGCGACUAUCUAAAAGUAUCGACUACUUAUAGGACCAGACAUAGAAGUAGUACCUUUCGCAAUGUUCGAUGUGCUAGAUGGAAAAACGAGUUCCGACUAUGUGGCUCGCGUAGAGCCUUCCGAACAAGGAGCACGGAAACUUGCACAGGCUUUAGUGAAGGAAGGGAUUUCGCUAUAGAAACAAGAAGGAGGUGGAGGUCGAAAUGGAAAGAAAUGUCUCUGGGCGGGACUAAUGAUAUUGAUGAAGGAACAGAACUUGUAAAGAAAUGA